AUGGCAGCAACAGUCUGGGUACUUUCCUGGGAACUCCUCUGUGGACUUGCCCUCAUCAGUGCCGCACAAUUGACGGACGCAGAUGUGCUGCACGAUUUCCAGAGUGUCAGGCAACCGGGCUUGGUUGGAUUAGAGUUUGUAAAACUCUUAAAGGACAGACCUAUCAAUGCCUCAGACAUCAUUGGCCCAAAAGUGCCCACUCAAGAGGAUCUGCUGUGCCUCAGCGAUAUGACUCAGUUCUUGACCGCACUCAAAACUGGAGAAUAUUGGGCCCUGAAGAUGAUCGACGCGUGGGGCGCCAUUCCUUCGGGACUCCUGACUGGCAACUCAUACGAUCUGGGAAACUUUGACGAGUGCGUGAAUGUCAGAAAGGAGAUCAGUGCAGCCAGAACUAUCCGUGGAAAGUACUGUUUCCUCUCAGCUCCACUAGGGAAAGCUCUCGGAGUUGAUGAUUCGCUAAGUGGAUUCUUCUCCAUAAAGACUGCCACUUGUUUUCCAGCCUCCUGCUCGGCUGCUCACUUGAACACCCUCGUGGGACAGGUGAUGAAUCAGUUGGUGAACUCAAGUAUCACUGUAAUGAGUAUAAGCGAAAGCAGUUGCCAAACGAGUGAAAGUGAAUCCUGGGAUGGACUCACCAUUUUCACAGUAGCUUUUCUCUCCCUGAUGGGCUUUAUCGUGGGUCUCAUCACGCUGUACGACUUCUUUCUAUGCGAGAACCAAGAUAAGCCUCCUGUGUUAGUGACUGUAUUCUCGGCGAGGGCCAACUCUCGAUCGCUAUUCCGCGUUGUAGAGAACAACAGGAACCCCAAUGUAAUCGAGUGUCUUCAUGGAAUAAGGUGCAUGUCCCUUUUCUGGGUGGUUUUUUCUCAUGAAUACAAAUUCACAGUGAUAGCAGCCAAUAUAAAUGAAUUUCAAUUGAUAAAGUGGCUUGAACUCCCAUUUACCAGCUUUAUUGCUCACGGGUUUUUCUCAGUGGAUUCGUUUUUCUUCCUUGGCGGCUUGCUGGUCUCCUUGAUUGCCUUACGAUCAAUGGAAAAAACCAAUGGAAAGCUUAAUGUGCCCAUGAUGUAUCUGUACCGCUUGUUCCGCAUCUUUCCCCUCUUAGCCGUGGCCAUUCUGGUCUACACCAAGCUCAUGACUGUUGUGACAGACGGACCUCUUCUGCAAGACGGUUAUAGUGGAAAAGCGGCAUGUGAAAGCGGCUGGUACUGGACAUUAUUAUUUUUAAAUAACUACAAAAAUGAAGAGUGCCUUAGCCAUACUUGGUAUUUGUCGGUGGAUAUGCAGAUGUUUAUCUUAUCUCCAAUCAUGCUGAUCGCUCUUUACAAAUGGGGCAAGAAGGCGACUGCAGGAAUAUUCGUCCUCAUAGUUCUACUCUCUGGCUGCCUUUUUGCCACCAUGAUGGUCAACAAUUACUCAAUGCUGAUGAAGACUUUCAGUCAAGAGGCAAUGAACAAAAUGUAUUCUGCCACCCACACACAUGCAACGCCCUGGCUGAUCGGCUUUCUCUUCGGCUACUUCCUGUACUUGACUAGGGGCAGAGUGUUUCAUUUGAAAAGGGUAUCCGUGUGGUCCGGAUGGAUUCUCUGCCUGGCCAUGAUCUUUACCUCGAUCUUUGCUCUGUAUCCGGCAGCCCAGUCGAGUGCUCCACCCUUGUCAACCCUGGCGGAGUCCUUCUACUACACCCUCACCCGAGUGGGUUGGCCACUCGCCCUCUGCUGGGUGGUCUUCGCCUGCAUGCAGGGAUACGGGGGACUGGCCAACAGCUUCCUUUCCUCCCCGCUCUGGCAGCCUCUCUCCAGGCUCUCCUAUUCAGUUUAUAUGUGGCACAAGUUCAUUCAAGAGAUAAACACCAGAAGUGCUAGGACGAAUUCGUACUUCUCCGAUUACCAAGUGAUGCUUAAAUUUUGGUCGACUCUUGGCGUUACCCUGUUGCUCUCCUAUAUGAUGUAUUUGCUAAUUGAGGCGCCCUUUGGCGGCUUACCUUAUUUUUUGCGGCGUCCAAAAGCUAAAACAGUCAGCCAGGUAAAGCCGGAUUUGGACAAGGCAGAUAAGAACCAAAAGGAUGACAGCAUGAUUAGUCAGCAGAGUGUAGCGGAAACAAUAACAUCUGAUUAGGUAAAAAGUUUUUUUUUAUGUA